AUGUUUAUGCAAAUUUUUUUGAUAUCGUCAGUUCCAAUAAUAUUAGCAACGAUUGGUGUGGAUGUAUCUCAAAAAGUUUCACAAAUACAAUUUGAAUGUUUAAAAGAUAGUGGAUAUAAAUUCAUUAUUGUUCGUGUUUAUCGAAAAAAUGGAAUUGUAGAUUCGAAUUGUGCUGAAACGAUAAAAAAUGCUCGUGCUGUUGGUUUAAAACAAAUUGAAGCGUAUUUCUUACCAUGUUUUUCAUGUGGUGAUGCUUCUCAACAAGUUAUUGAAACAAUCGAUUAUUUGAAAGAUGAAAAUGUUGAAAUAGAUAGGCUUUGGUUAAAUAUUGAAGGAAAAUGGAAUAAUAAUAAUAGUACAGAUAUAAAUAUACAAUUUAUCGAAGAAUUAAUCGUACAAAUCAGUAAUUUAGGUAUAAAAUUUGGAAUUUUUACAUCAAAAUCUCAAUGGAUAUCAAUUAUGAAUAAUAUUACUAAAUUUUCUUCAUAUGCUCCUCUGUGGUAUAUAGAACAUGAUAACGAGAAAUCAUUUGAUGAUUUUCAAACAUUUGGUGGAUGGACACAGCCAUCUAUGAAACAAUUUAUUGGUGAUGUUAAAGAAUGUGGAGUAAUUCUUAAUAAGAAUUUUUCGUAA